AUGGAUCGCAUCUUGCAAGUCUUCCAGAAUGAACUCACCUGUUCCAUCUGCAGGAACUACUUCAUAGACCCCAUCACCAUAGACUGUGGGCACAGCUUUUGCAGGCCCUGUUUCUACCUCAGCUUGACAAACAGGUCAGUUCUUGCUCGAUGCUCUGAAUGCCAGAAAGAAAUCCAGCAGAGAGACUUUCACACAAAUGUCACUCUCAAGCAAAUGGUUCUCACUGUCAGACAGGCCCGUCUGUGGCAAUUCCUGCGCUCUAGGGACAACAGGUGUAGAAUACACAUGGAGGCAAAGCAGAUCUUCUGUGAGGACCAGAGGAGCCUGCUCUGUUUACACUGCUCUACCUCCCAGGAGCAUGGUGCUCACAGACACUGUUCAGUAGAAGAGGCGGCUGAGCAACACAGGGAGAAACUCCUCAAGACAAUGUGCUCUUUAUGGCAGAAAUGUUGUGAAAAUGAUAGAAACCUGAUUGUGGAAUCUUUGACAACCAGAUCUUGGAAGAUUUAUGUGAUCUCAAAGGGGGAAGCAAUCACAGCUGAAUAUGCUGAGUUGGCUCAAAUUAACCAUCCGGAAAAACAUCAACAUUUAGAGAGACUGCAAAGGGAAGGCAAGGAGAUUUUUGACCAACUCAGGGAGAGUGAAGCCAGCAUGGCACACAAGAGGCAGCUUUUAAGAGGAAUGUAUACAGAGCUGAAGGAAAUGUGCCAUAAACCAGAUGUAGAGCUGCUCCUGGAUUUUGGAGACAUAUUGCAAAGGAGUGAGGCAGUGUGUAUGCACAUGCCCCAGCCUGUGAAAGCAGAGCUCACUGCAGUGAUCAUCCCGGGGAUGAUUGCAAGGUUCAGCCCCUUCCACAGUAAGCGUAGGCCCAUGGGCCAUAUUCAUUAUCUAUCCUGUGUUAUUAGGGCCAUGCAGGGGCUAUCACUGUGUCUCAUGGAAGAGCUCACAAUCAUGAAUUCCUAG